AGGUAGACAAUCGAAUACUUCAGAUGGAAGCAGGCUAUCAUUGUUUCGAGUCUUCUUUCAGUUAACGCCGAUAUAGAUUACUUGAACGUUUGGAAUUUGCCAGUUAUUUAAAGACUAAGGAGUAAGAAUUAGCGCUUUCAAGGCCCGUAAAAACCAAGGCUGAAUUCAUCAUUGCCAAAUGACCCAACCUUAAGUCAUCAUUCGCUAAAAGAAUUCAAACCGUGAAAUGGCGAGCGAGACCGAACCGCAACGACUAGACCCAGUGAUAGGCCCUGACCACCCAAGCACUUCCGUCCCAAUCGAGCCCACGACCACCCAGUCGACGGGUCCUGCCUCGUCUGCAACAAGCGAAGAGGCAACCGAGGCGGCCAGUAGAGGCAUAAAGAGAAAAGCCAAAAGUCAAGCACGGACGCCUAGGAAGAUGAGUACUGCUAUCAAAAGGAUUCAAAGAGAAUUGGCCGAGUUAACUGUAGACCCACCGCCAAACUGCAGUGCCGGACCAAAAGGGGACAACUUGUAUGAGUGGGUAGCCACCAUCCUUGGACCUCAAGGCUCUGUAUACGAAGGUGGAGUCUUUUUCCUAGAAAUCAGCUUCCCUUCGGAUUAUCCAUUCAAGCCGCCAAAGGUCAUCUUCAAAACUCGAAUUUAUCACUGUAACAUAAACAGCCAGGGAGUUGUGUGCCUUGACAUCUUAAAAGACAAAUGGUCCCCAGCCUUUACUGUUUCAAAGGUUCUUUUGUCUGUCAUUGCCCUUUUAUCAGAUUGCAAUCCAGCUGAUCCGCUUGUUGGCAGCAUAGCGCAGCAGUACCUUACAGAUCGAAAGGAACAUGAUAAUUUUGCUAAAGAUUGGACGAAACGAUUUGCCACUUGAUAAACCUUGUUAAUUUAUCAGAAAUUUUGAGUAUUUUCCCAAGUUUUUAAGGUAGUCUCCCGGAGCUAAUUUGCAUUCAAAUCAGGCUAAAAAUGAAAGAAGCAUGAUUGGCCUCUAAAGCUGGAUCAUUUGUUAUGAUGAAGAAAGGAUGUUACGUCACGAGUUCGAAGGGCGCGUUCCAAACACAGCAUGAAGAUAGAGAAAGACUAUGUUGUGGGCUUAAACGUCUCUGAUUCUUGCUAGAUAUGUUCUCCAUAGUCGAUCAGCACUUUUUCAGUCAUCAUUAGAAAUGAAAAUUGAGAUUUCCUGUUUUGACAUUCACGAGAGUGCCAUGUGGCUCAUAAAUUUGAAAUUUCCCUUUUUGGAAGGCCUUUUCAGUUUAGACAUAACUUACUAAACACUCGAGGUGAUGAGGGCAAUUACUGAUACACAGAAAACAGUCCAUUUGCAGCUAACUUUGAUGCCUUUCAGAGAUUUUCUUGCAAUGGAAGGGGCAUAUGAUGACGGACAAAACUGUGUCUUGCAUCUCCGCAGUUUUUCGAUUUUAGGCCCAUCUGUUUCGAUAGACUAUUGGAACUAGAACUCGGCUUUCAAAAUGAAUUUUGUUAGUUGUAUGUAAAUAAAUAUAAUCAUUGUAUAGUAGUAUGAAACUACGGUUGUAUGUAAAUGGUGGUUUCUCCUUUCAUUAUUAAAAAUUUAAAUUAUAAUUUAGAAUGAAAUUUGUGGUUAGCGUAGUUGUUGCGUCGGUUUUGAAGAAUUUUUGCCAGUUUGAUGCGUGGAGAGUCAUGGUUUGACCUUUGAAAA